AUGGGUGAAAGGGAGUAUGCAACAAUAUGGGGGGCACAGUGGCUCAGGUGGCAAUCAUUUACCUGGCUUGGGUCUGCAAGGUCUCAAGUUCGAUCCCCCACAUGUGGAAAACAAUUUAGACACCAUGUGCAUUCAACACCCCCGGGAGAUGCUGAGAUGGGUCAGGUGUAUGGGAAGGUGACGCGGUCUGUUGUAUAG